UUCACCACUUAAAAAUAAAAAAAAAAUAAAACAAAAAUCCGGCAUUGCAUUUGCUGCUAGUGCGGCGGCGACGGCGGCGGUGGCGGUGGCUGCUGCGACAUUUCUCUUACUGACUACACAGUCGUAUACUCACGUGAAGCUAACUACUUCAUUCGGCUUGUUUUGCUUUAAUUCGACGGCUCGAACCACCUGCAGAUCCAGAGAGCUUCAGUGCUGAAUGGUUGGGUGCAUUUGUGGUUUUUGAGGUGAAGACUUGGGGGUAUGGAGGCGUAAACUGUGGUCUGGAUUCAGCUUGCUUGAGAGUUUGGAGCAGCUGAAUUUUGUGGUAAUGUUGAAGUAGUUGGUUCUGCUGCAGGUUGAUUUUGUUGCAAAUUGUGGCUGUUUUGGAUUUGGUGUCUGGAUUGUGGUGAAUGGUUAAAUGAGCUGAGGUAAGCGGGGAAAAUUUGGUGUUUUAGUUGUGCUUUCAUUUCUGGAAGAGGAAUUGUUUGUAAUUUGGGUCGAUUCUUGUUGGUCAUUAUGAUGUGAUUGCAGAGGAGGUAGAAAGGAUUAGGGUUUCGUUAUCUUCAUUGGUAAUGUGAAUUGGAAAUGAGUUGUGGAUUAGGGUAAAGAAUGAUCCAUUUCUAGGAUUAAAUUGCUGAUUGAUCUAUAUUAUCUUCACCAUGUUUGAAGUUCUGAGAGGAUUUGAUUGAAGGCGUUGUGGGAGUAAAUUUGAUUUGUGAGGUGUGGAGUCAAGCCAUGCCUGCAUCUCUUGCGACGAAGAUUUCUCGUCAGAGGGAGCUGAGGGAGGAUAAUCACUUGAGAGGUUGGAGCCUGGAAAGCGGGAUUCGUUCGUUGGAGAAGGAUGAUGAUCUUAUUCUAUUUAACGAGGCACAAAACAAGGAGAAGGAGAGUUUCUUGCUUCAGCAGAACGACAAAUUCGAUGAUAUUUUCUCGACAAAAUUGAGAUAUUUCUCGGAUUACAAGCUUGGAAUUUCCAUUCCUGCUCGGGGAGAGAGUAGUGACAUGCUCAAUGCUGAAGGAGAUAAAAAUGACUAUGAUUGGCUGAUAACUCCUCCCGAAACCCCUCUCUUUACUUCUUUAGAUGGUGAGGCUUCACCAGCCACUCUUGCACCACGAGGCAGGCCUAGGAGUCAACCUAUUUCGAUCUCUAGAGCAUCUACGAUUGAGAAAGGAGGUUAUAGGAGUGCCAGGGGUAGUGCUAGCCCUCUUCGCCAUAGUCCAUCUCCUCGAUCCGGCACUAGUCCCCUGCAGUCAAGAAGCCAACCAUUUUCUGCCACUCAUUCAAGUCCACCUCCAACUUCGCGAAAUUCUUAUCUAUCAAGCAGGCUGUCUCCCCCACCUACUAAACCAACACCUGCCUCAGCACCCCGCACAUUGACACCCAGAAGAAUGAGCACUGGUUCAACUGGUGCUAGUACACCGUCAAAAGCAAGAGGCACCUCCCCCAGCAAGACAACCCGGGGGAACUCUACUUCACCCAAAAUUAAUGCAUGGCAAUCAAGCAUUCCUGACUUCAACCUAGAAGCACCUCCUAAUCUUCGGACAUCACUGGCCGAUAGACCGGCAUCAUAUUUGAGAGGGUCCUCACCAGCAUCCAGAAAUAGUUCCAGAUCUGGAAGACAAUCUAUGUCUCCAACUGCUUCAAGAAGCGUCAGUUCAUCUCAUAGCCAUGAGAUGGAGAAGUUCCGUACCUACAGCAGAGGUUCUGUUGUAUCAUCUUUUGAUGACGAGGUAGAUUCUCUGCAUUCCAUUCCUGUCAGCAGUUCAGAAUGCUCAGCCCCAAGGAGCUCCGGUUCUUUCCAAAAUAAUCGAGCUGUGGGAUUUUCAAAGAAACCAGCUAAAGUGUCAAGUUCUGCCCCUAAAAGGUCCUUUGACUUGGCACUUCGACAAAUGGAGCGGAAAGGGCCUCAAAAUAUGUUCAGACCCCUGUUGUCCAGUGUUCCCACUUCAACAUUUUAUGUGGGAAAAGCCCAUCAUCGGGCUCUAACAUCGAGAAAUUCUUCCAUCACAACUAGCAGUAAUGCCAGCUCUGAUCAGGGAACAACUGCUGCAAUUGAUACUGAAGAAAGUGAGCAAAACCAGGAGGUGACCAGCAACAUUGUGAAAGGGCAAUUUUCAACUGUCCAAGACGAGGUUUUUGUCAUGGAUCAGAUUGAUUCUUCAAAUGUAACUUCUGAGAACCAAAUAGAAGAGGAAUCAUUUGCUUAUCGACGAUCAGGAAAAGAUGGCCCCUCUGUAGUCAGUUCUCACUCUGGUGUUGCUGAAGCUAGUAGCCAAUUUGACACUGCCACAGCUGUGGAAUCUGAUGGUGGAAUCAUGGAUGGAAAAUAUGAAUCUUUACAUGUUGAGGGGGUUUUGGAUGUCGAAAUAUGCUCAAAAUGCAAUCGCAAGUUUCAUGUUAGUGAAUUAGUAAGGGAAGGAGAUUUACGGAUUUGUCAGGAAUGCAAGAGCUUGGGAGUGAAUUCGACUGAAAUAGUUCGAGCAAAACAAGUCAAAGCUGAUGAACAUGCUGGAAGCAACUUUGUUCAGAAUGCGGAGGGUUUGACAGUUGAGGAUUUAAAUCCAUCCACCUCAAUACCCGAAACAGCAAUACAGUAUGUUGACAACUUCGAAAACAACAGUCAGCAUCCAUUUAGUGAGUCGAUCAAGGAUCUUGCUGUAACACUGAUUGAAGAACAAGACAAGAUUAAUCACUAUGUGAAUGCUGGCUCAAGCCAUCAACAAUCGUUGCAGUCUGGAAACUCUUUGGAUUCAAAGGUCGAUAUCUCUGAAGGGACGGGCAUAUCACUGGUAUUAAAGAGAUCCAGCAGCGGCAGCAGAGGCUGUUUUGUUCAAAGUAGGAGUUUUACAGCAAGUAAUACAAGUUUCAAAGAUUUUUCCUACGUGAGGGAUAGUUUAAAUGGCAUGAGAAGCUCCAUUGGGCGUAGUAGUGCUUCUGUAUCAUCGUCUGUUGAUCUAGGAUCUUCUAGGCAAACAGAAACACGGAAUCACGGGCAAUUAAGUAGCCAAAAAUCUGAUAUGGAGAGUCACAGGCAUGAGAUGAUUUCAGAGCACAAACGUUCCCUCUCAUCUUCAUCUGGUGCUUCAGGCCACACAUCUCAGGUCCCUAGUGUAACUCCAAGUUAUCCAGAUGAUUGCGAGGUAAUCGCUACAAAUAAUUUCAACAAAGAAGUUGGGGUUGUGAUAAGUGUAGAUUUGCACUGUCAAACAAUAGCUGAUGAAGGCAUGGAAGCUGAAAGUACCUGUACUGAUGUCGAAAGCAAUACUCUAGUAAAAACUGCUGUGGAACUAUCAAGCCAAUUGAAAGAUGACCAGACAGGGGAUACUCACAUGGUCUCGAUUAUGACUACUGAAGAACAAGGAUUACAUGAGAAUGUAGACAGCCAUGGCCCAACUCAAAAGGAAGAUGCAACACAAAAUUCUUGUGUUAACACGAUCGAUGCUGUGGAAUUUCCCUAUCCGAGCUCUUUAGAUGCAAUAUCGAAAAUGGAAAGUGAGAAUCCUGAGAUUUUAUCUGCUGGAUUACAAUCUGAAGUUGAUUCCCCCAAUUUGAAGCGCACGACUGAAUUUCCAGAUGCUUGUGUUUCAGUUGUAUGCGAUGAUGUCACAACAGCAACUAUUGACACACAUCCUGAAAAUGGUGUGCUCGGAGAAUCGAGCAGCGCAAUGGAAGACAUGGGUGGAGCAAAGUCUAGAGGCCUCACCUUAGAAGAAGCUGCCGACUCCAUCCUCUUUUGUCGAUCAAUUGUCCACAAUCUGGCAUACAAAGCAGCGAACAUAGCAAUAGACAAAGAGAGCCCACCGGUGGAAGUUCUUCAACCGGCACUAACUUUCGUCAGCAAAUCCACCCAAGACAGAAGAGAAAUGCAUUCAAGAAAGCACAUCUCCAAACUCAAAGCCCAGCAAAAAAAAUUGGAAGCAGACCAUCCUAAACUUCCUCUGGUUAUGGAAGAGAACCAUGUGAAGUCCACUCCCCACGUCGUCGUGUCUCCUAGUAAGGGUGACACCUCAAUUCCUCCGAAGCUUGAAUCCAAGUGCAACUGCACCAUAAUGUAGCCGUGCUUCGUCGACCCAAACAUCCGCAGUGGUCGCGACCUUUCUGGAAAUAAAAGGACAAACAGCAAACAGUCCUUUGAUCAGAAAUUUGAAAGCUUCAAUGAAGCUUUAACGAAUCAGCUGCCGACAAGGGUAUGCUGUCCAAGUUGUGAGGUCUAGCAAGGAGAAUAGAUCCUCAUAUGCACCCAAAGAAGGUGUGCGCUACGAUGGAAUCUACAGGAUCGGAAAGUGUUGGCGCAAGACUGGGACUGAGGGGUUCAAGCUCUGCCGAUGUCUUUUUGCACGUUGUGAUAAUGAUCCUUCACCAUCGACAAGUGACAUCCAUGGCGACCGUCCGUGUGCUCAAUCGAGUCGGAAAAUAGGUCGGCUAAUCGAUGAGCUGCAGUGCAGUAUGCAUCUACAGGUAAUAAAGUUCAUUUAUUUUAUGUGAUUUAUUGAUAAUCAGAACAAAGUAAGUUUAAGUCGAGGAAACUAAAAUGUUUCAAUCCACCGAGUUCCUUGUAAAGGACAUGGGGAGGCGGAUUAGGUUGAUGCUCGGAUCCCUUCUUAACAUGAUACCAGAGCUAACCCGAUUAUCCUGUUUAAA